UUCAUCUCUUUCUGUUUCUCUUGGUUUUUCAACGUUGGAAAUUUUGGGUAGAUACUUAAAUGGGAAGGUUGAUUCUUUUUUUGUAAAUAUAUUUCUCUAGUUCCAACUAACCCUUAACUGAAUUAGCAAAUUAGAGAGACGUGAACACAAUGCUUUGCCGAUUUUGCCUAUAAAGCAAAGUGAGUACUAACAACAUCGUCGGAUUACUCAAAACCUUUGUUUCAUUGCUCUUUCCUACACAUUUCAAAGCUACUUUUUUAGUGGAUCACAGGUCUAAUCUUUUUUGUUUCUUGCGUAAUUGGGUUUUGAAGUUUUGGCUAUAAAAACAGAGCCAAGCAAAGGUUCUAAACACAUUCUCUACUCUUUCUUACAAUCUUCGUUUCAUUCCCCUCUUACCCAUUCAUUUCUGUCUGUUUUUCUUCAAUCAAAGAUGAGACCAGAAACUCGCGAGGUUAUUGAGAUGCAGCUGCUCCCGGCUAUGAAGGAGGCUACGGUCAAGCUAGAAAAACAAAGCAUUGAUGAGUUUAUGUUCUGUUUCAAAAACUGCUACGAUGAGAAGGAAACUGAGAUGCACGUGACCCAGAAGAUUCCUUCUUUUAAAGAAUCGGAUGUGAGAAAUUUCUAUCAGUUGAUUCUAACCAUGAUCGAUAAAGAGCCAAGAGAGGCGUAUCUCAAGGAUGCUAAAGAUUGUUCGUUUCAUAGAAGGAAUCUGAUGCGUGAUAAUUCUGAGAAAGCUAAGAGCAGUCAAGGUGAGGCCAGCACAUCUCACAAAUGCGAACCUAACUGCAACAAACAUUAUCCCGAAAUAUAAACAAUUAAUACUAUGAUCAAAUGAUACGUACGUUUUCUAAUUUUCUAGUGUGCUCGCAAAUAAGAGUGGUUUUAGUGUUCCUAUGAAAACAAAAUCCACGUUUAUGUUUUCCCUUUGUUUAUAGGAGUUGUACUCCCU